AUGCUAGCCCACUGUGGCGCCUCCAGAAGAGCGAGCGGAGCUAGAAUUAGUGAGCUGACGAUGGUCACCAACGACGAGACAUUCGUUGCGUCAAGGUUCCUUCCAAUCUUGCUCAGAUCCUGCUUGAAGAAUUUCUUCGCCUCUAUGCGCCUAAUGGACGCACAUACGUUCGACGCCAAUGAAGUAGCGAAUGCGACUGGGUUGAAAUUAACGUCCUUGACCGAUGCCAUCGCCACGCCACCCAGAAUUGGUAACAGGGUGAGGAAUGUGAUGGGCGACAUUGACCCUGUUCCGCUUAACAAUGAAAUUGCAGACACGAACAGCGGCUCACUGGCCUUGACAAUGUGCACGAAACUAAUAGCUCCAGCACCCAGUGCCGUUACCGACAGCAGGUGGAGCAUGGAAAACACGGCGCUCUGUUUGAGAACAGAUGAAUACGCUUGA